UUCUCCAAUCAGAGAGAGAGAAGGAAAGGAGCGUGGAGGGGAAAUAAAGGGAAACCGGCCUCAGCGCGCAUGUGUACGGAUGUGCUUAAGCUCUCCUGGUAAAGAUGGCGGAGCGCGGGUACAGCUUUUCGCUGACUACAUUCAGCCCCUCUGGUAAACUUGUCCAGAUUGAAUACGCUUUGGCUGCUGUAGCCGGAGGAGCCCCUUCAGUGGGAAUUAAAGCUGCAAAUGGUGUGGUAUUAGCAACUGAGAAGAAACAGAAAUCCAUUCUGUAUGAUGAACGAAGUGUACACAAAGUGGAGCCAAUCACCAAGCAUAUAGGUUUGGUGUAUAGUGGCAUGGGCCCAGAUUACAGAGUGCUUGUGCACAGAGCUCGGAAGCUAGCCCAGCAGUACUAUCUCGUUUACCAGGAACCCAUUCCCACAGCCCAGCUGGUGCAGAGAGUAGCUUCUGUGAUGCAGGAGUACACCCAGUCGGGUGGUGUUCGUCCGUUUGGAGUUUCUUUACUUAUUUGUGGUUGGAAUGAGGGGCGACCAUAUUUAUUUCAGUCAGAUCCGUCUGGAGCUUAUUUUGCCUGGAAAGCCACAGCAAUGGGAAAGAACUAUGUGAAUGGGAAAACUUUCCUUGAGAAAAGAUAUAAUGAAGAUCUGGAACUUGAAGAUGCCAUUCAUACAGCCAUCUUAACCCUAAAGGAAAGCUUUGAAGGCCAAAUGACAGAGGAUAACAUAGAAGUUGGAAUCUGCAAUGAAGCUGGAUUUAGGAGGCUUACCCCAACUGAGGUUAAGGAUUACUUGGCUGCCAUAGCAUAAUAAUGAAAUGACUGAGCAAUGGGAAAUUGCAGAUAAUUGAUCUACUUAAACAUGUUUAAAGUAUGUUUUGUUUUGCAGACUUUUUGCAUACUUAUUUCUACAUGGUUUAAUGGACUGAUGUUUUUAAAAUGACACUUAUAAAUCAUAAUAAACUGUUAAAUCCAACUUACAGCUUUUUAGAAUUUAGUAAAAUUUUAACCUGGUUAUUGCCUGCUUUUUAUCACAGAUAAUUUCUAGAAACUACAUUGCAAAGCAGAAUGAUGGAAUCCCUUAUUAUUUCUCAUGCAGUUUCGCAAAUCUGACUGCCCUCUUUACUACCAGGUUUUGUUCAUGUUCCAUAAAGCAAAGCGCUGAUUCUGGUCAAUGUCACUGCUUCUAGAGCUGAGAGAGUCUGCAGACUUUCAUGGAUUCAUGAGAUAGGAGGCUUAGGUUAUUUAUACAUCAGAAGGUAUGAAAGAGAUUCACCUGUAAGAUUGUACUGGAGCUAUGAACAAUGCUAGGCCAAAUAGGUCCCCUGUAGGAGAUACAUUCUGUAAGUAAAUAAAUAGUGGUUUGCUGAUUCCUAUUGAUUUCUCCAUCACAAGUAGGUAAACAUGUAAAAGGAACCCCCUAGAUUGUACUAAAUCUUUUUAAGGAUGACCAUAAGUAAUGGAAAUAAAAUAUGAACACUUACGUGUCAAAACUA